AUGGCAGACCGACACGGCCCAAGUACGCUUUCACUAGUCAGCCUUGGAUGGAUCAGAUGGCUACAAAUUGUUGUGGCUGCUGUAAUUAUUGCGAGUACUUUAUAUCUUGUCGCAGCUUUGAAGAUCCAUAGGUCCUCAUUCGGUGGUGCCGUCACCGUCCCAAUCAUCAUGGCCGGAGUGACUCUCAUCCUCACCGUAAUCGCGCAAUGGAAUGGAAUACGAGCCUCCGGCUACCAAGAUGGAGGAUGCCUCAUCACCUUUAUCGUCAUGGAUGCCCAUUGUAUUGGGCUGCAGAUCCCCUCACUUGUUGUCCUUGCAGUGGCUGGCUUGCCAUCGAAUUGUAACGGUGUAGCUAGUGGUCCAGAGAGUAUUAUUUACUCAGUUUCCGAACAUGCACUAAGGGCCAAAUAUUGUACCAUCCCGAAAUUGGAUUAUUGGCUUGCUAUUUUCUCCAUACUCGGGUACAUAUACACCAUCGGCCUCGAAAUUAGACAGGUCAUCACGGUCAAUCGAGGUCGACGUUCCAACGAGGUCAGGAACAGGAACGAGCAUGCGAAUGUAGAUGACUCUGAGAGAGCCGACGCAGAUGCUAAGGAUCAUGCUCCAUCGCUGUGUCUCACAUCUAGCCGAUGCCAGACAUCUGACCACGGUCGAGUCCACAGCUCCCAGAGCUCUGAUGAUACGAAUACAUGGAGCAGUGCCCAGGAAGCCGACCCAGUGCCAAUGGAAGCACCUCCGCCUUAUAUUCGAGAUGCAAAAUGA